UUUCCGGCUCCGUUCUGGCGGGUCUGGGUGCUCCGACUCCCAGGAACGCGGUCUGUACGUGAGAGGAGCGUGGACUCCCACGACCCUGCCUUCCCAAGCCGCAUGUUCGAGGAGGCUGAGUGGGCCGAGGCGGCCCCAGUAAUCGCAGGCCUCGGGCCUGUAACUUCACGGCCUCCGCCCCCGACAACCUCGCGUAUCAAGGGUUCUAAGCACCGCCAGCUCUUAGCCACAUUACGGGCCCUGGAAGCAGCAUCUCUUCCCCAGCAUUCUCCCAGCCUACAUAGUAGUGACUCUGAGGAGGAGGAGGUGGAAAGGAAGAAGAAACGCCCCCAAAAGGCAUCAUUUGCCAGUGCCUCUGCUGCAGUAGAGAAGAGAAAGAAGAAAUGUCAAAAACAUGGCCCACCUUGCAAUGACUCUGAGGAAGAAGGAGUGGAAAGGAAGAAAAGAUGCCGCAAAUGGGCUCUUCUUGGCAGUAACUCUGCUGAAGAAGAGAAAAGAAAGAGGAAAUGCCAGAAACAUUCUCCUUCAAGCCAAGUCCAGCACCUGGACAAUGUUGACCAAACAGGUCCCAAAUCCUGGAAGAGUAGUGCUGCAGAUGACUCAUCCAAGCCAAACCCUGGAUCCACUUUCCCUAAACACCCCAAUACUUUGAACCGCAAGCAAUGGCGAAACCGACAAAAGAACAAGCGGAGACAUAAGAACAAAUUUCGGCAACCUCAGGUGCCAGACCCGGCGCCAGUCAAGGGCCCCACAGAGGAGACAGAGGUGCCUCCUGACCCCAGGCUAGAUAGCCAUGAGGCCCGGGCAGGGGCCCUGCGAGCCCGUAUGGCAAAACGUCUGGAUGGUGCCCGAUUUCGAUACCUGAACGAACAGCUGUACUCGGGGCCCAGUAGCGCUGCACAGCGUCUCUUCCAGGAGGACCCUGAGGCUUUUCUUCUCUACCACCGUGGCUUCCAGAGCCAAAUAAAGAAGUGGCCACUCCAGCCAGUGGACCGCAUUGCCAGAGAUCUUCGCCAGAGGCCUGCAUCCCUAGUGGUAGCUGACUUCGGUUGCGGGGAUUGCCAUCUGGCUUCAAGUAUCCGGAACCCUGUGCACUGCUUUGACUUGGCCUCUCUGGACCCUAGGGUCACUGUAUGUGACAUGGCACAGGUGCCUCUGGAGGAUGAGUCUGUGGAUGUGGCUGUGUUUUGCCUUUCACUGAUGGGAACCAACAUCCGGGACUUCCUAGAGGAGGCAAAUCGAGUGCUGAAGCCAGGGGGUCUCCUGAAAGUGGCUGAGGUCAGCAGCCGCUUUGAGGAUGUUCGAACCUUUCUGGGGGCUGUGACCAAGCUGGGGUUCAAGGUCAUCUCCAAGGACCUGACCAACAGUCACUUCUUCUUGUUUGAUUUCCAAAAGACUGGGCCCCCUCGGGUAGGGCCCAAGGCUCAACUCUCAGGCCUGAAGCUUCAGCCAUGUCUCUACAAGCGCAGGUGACUUCUGGACCUCCCAUGAAAGGCAAGGCAGAGCUCGAACUCCAGGCUGAGAGCUCUGAAGACUGUCUCCAACCAGGCUGUGAGUCAGGACUUGACCAGUUUCCUCUGCUCACCCGUAGCUUCUGUUCCUCCAGCUUCGGUUUGCUGAGGUUUUCAAGACUGCAGACAGGCAGCUGUUACUCCUUGGCUCUAAGGCUGCAGGAAAUCAACUGGACUAUAUUUCUCAGCCUCCCUUGUAAUUAAGAGUGAUUGAGCCUAACCAGUUGGAUGGUAGUGAAACUAAUAAAUGCUACUUCCAGACUUGGACCUUUAAA